AUGUCCAUCAAAGCCAUCACCACUCUCCUCCUCGCCGCGUCCUCCAUCUCCGCCGCCCCAACCCCCAGCAGCACCACCAACGACGAAGUCACACGCACCACCACCCUCACCGGCGUGACGCACUCCGUCGUCGCCGGCCUAGGCGGCCUCAAAUUCGACCCGGACAACGUCGUCGCUGAGAUCGGCGACAUCGUGGAGUGGCACUUCCUCCCCAUGAACCACUCCCUCGUGCAGUCCUCUUUCGCCGAGCCGUGCAAGCCGCUCGCCGACGGGACUGGCUUCUUCCCUGGCUUCGAGUUCGCCACACAGCAGGGCCAGGCGACGAACGUGUUCCAGAUUGUGGUCGAGGACAAGAAGCCCCUGUGGUAUUACUGCCCGCAGCAGAAGGGCAAUCACUGCCAGCAGGGCAUGGUGGGCGUCAUCAACCAGAAUUUUGAUAACCAGGAGUUUAGUCUGCGGAGGCAUAGGGAGUUGGCUGCCUUGACGGGCACGAGUGUUAUUCCUGAGGUUAAUGAUGUGGGCAAGGUUAUCCCUAACCCUAAUCCUAAUGGUGGAUUUUAA